GGGGCCGUGCGCUCGGGACGCGCGGCAUGUGAGGCUCAUCGGGCCGCAGCGCGCACGGACGACUCAGACCGGCGAGGGGCGGCGACCCCUUGCGGACGCUCGGCCGCGCGCGGGCCCGGGGACUCGCCCGCUCGCUCGCCCUUGCGCGCGCCCUGCGCCCUCCAGCGCGCCAGUGGGACCAUGAAGAAGUUCUCUCGAAUGCCCAAGUCGGAGGGCGGCGGCGGCGGCGGCGGAGCGGCAGUCGGCGCGGCCGGCGCCGGGACCGGCUGCGGCUCCGGCAGCUCGUCCGUGGGGGUCCGGGUGUUCGCAGUCGGCCGCUACCAGGUCACCCUGGAGGAGUCGCUGGCCGAAGGUGGAUUCUCCACGGUUUUCCUAGUGCGUACACAUGGUGGUAUCCGUCAUGCAUUGAAGCGAAUGUAUGUUAAUAACUUGCCAGACCUCAACAUUUGUAAAAGGGAAAUUACAAUUAUGAAAGAGCUCUCUGGUCAUAAAAAUAUCGUGGGUUAUUUGGACUGUGCUGUUAACUCAAUUAGUGAUAAUGUAUGGGAAGUGCUUAUUUUAAUGGAAUAUUGUCGAGCUGGGCAGGUAGUGAAUCAGAUGAAUAAGAAGCUGCAGACAGGUUUUACGGAGCCAGAAGUGUUACAGAUAUUCUGUGAUACCUGUGAAGCUGUUGCGAGGUUGCAUCAGUGUAAGACUCCAAUAAUUCACCGUGAUCUGAAGGUGGAAAAUAUUUUGUUAAAUGAUGGUGGAAACUAUGUACUAUGUGACUUUGGCAGUGCCACUAAUAAGUUUCUUAAUCCUCAAAAAGAUGGAGUUAACGUAGUAGAAGAAGAAAUUAAAAAGUAUACAACUCUGUCAUACAGAGCCCCUGAAAUGAUCAACCUUUAUGGAGGGAAACCCAUCACCACCAAGGCUGAUAUCUGGGCACUGGGAUGUUUACUGUAUAAACUUUGUUUCUUCACUCUUCCUUUUGGUGAGAGUCAGGUUGCUAUCUGUGAUGGCAACUUCACCAUCCCAGACAAUUCACGUUACUCCCUUAACAUACAUUGCUUAAUCAGGUUCAUGCUUGAACCAGAUCCAGAGCAUAGACCUGAUAUAUUUCAAGUGUCCUAUUUUGCAUUUAAAUUUGCAAAGAAAGAUUGUCCAGUCUCCAACAUCAAUAAUUCUUCUGUUCCUUCAGCUCUUCCUGAACCGAUGACUGCUAGUGAAGCAGCUUCUAGGAAAAGCCAAAUAAAAGCCAGAAUAACAGAUACCAUUGGACCAACAGAAACCUCAAUUGCACCAAGACAAAGACCAAAGGCCAACUCUACUACUGCCACUCCCAGUAUGCUGGCCAUUCAAAGUUCAGCAACACCUAUUAAAGUCCCUGCGCCUAGUGAAUUUGGUAACCACAGACCAAAAGGAGCACUGAGACAUGGAAGCGGCCCUGAGACUUUACUGGCUCAGGACCCCCCUGAACAGCCUCCGCAACAGCAUAGAGUGCUUCAGCAGCUACAGCAGGGAGACUGGAGAUUACAGCAGUUGCAUUUACAGCAUCGCCAUCCUCACCAGCAGCACCAGCUACUUCAGGAUGCUUAUAUGCAGCAGUAUCACCAUGCACAGCGGCAGCAGCUCCUUCAGCAGCAGUUUUUAAUGCACUCAGUGUGCCAGCUGCAGCCUCCUGCGCCGCUGUGCCCUCCUGUGAUGCAGCAGUAUCAGCAGGCUUUCCUGCAGCAGCAAAUGCUAGCUCAGCAUCAGUCUCAACAGCAAACAUCCCCUGAGUAUCUUACUUCCCCUCAAGAGUUCUCACCAGCCUUAGUUUCCUACACUUCACCACUCCCAGCUCAGGUUGGAACCAUAAUGGACUCCUCUUUUGGUGCCAAUAGGUCCGUUGCUGAUAAAGAGGCAGUUGCAAAUAUUACAAAUCAGAAGAACGUCAGUAACCCACCUGAUAUGUCAGGAUGGAAUCCUUUUGGAGAGGAUAAUUUCUCCAAGUUAACGGAAGAGGAACUGUUGGACAGAGAAUUUGACCUUCUAAGAUCAAUGCGGAAUAACAGAACUUUUCAAGUAUAUAAAACAGUUUCAGAAGUAUCAGACAGGCUCGAGGAGAGAGCAUCCUCAGAUAAGAAUGUAGACCCACUCUCUGCUCCACAUAACCAUCCUCCAGAAGAUCCUUUUGGUUCUGUUCCUUUCAUUUCUCACUCAGGUUCUCCUGAAAAGAAAAUUGAACAUUCAUCCAUGAAUCAAGAAAAUACCACUGCAAACUCUAUCAAGAAUAGAAAAGCAAGUCCAGUAUCUAAAGACCACCGGACUGGAAAGAAAACCUCAGAGAAUUCAUCAGUACAAGGUCAAUUGCAAAAGGGGAAUGAUGAAUCUGAAAGUGAUUUUGAAUCAGAUCCCCCAUCUCCUAAGAGCAGUGAAGAGGAAGAGCAAGAUGAUGAAGAAGUUCUUCACGGAGAGCAAGGAGAUUUUAAUGAUGAUGAUACUGAACCAGAAAAUCUGGGUCACAGGCCUCUCCUCAUGGAUUCUGAAGAUGAGGAAGAAGAAGAAAAACACAGCUCUGAUUCUGAUUAUGAGCAGGCCAAAGGAAAGUACAGAGACGGGAGCCCUGUCUGCAGAGGCGGAUCUGGCAGUGGGCCAAUCCAGGAUCCUAACAGAACACUCCUCACCCCAACCCGAUCACCCUCUGAUGCUGGAGUGGAGACCCCUACACAGGAGUUCGAUGUGUUUGGUGCUGUCCCCUUCUUUGCAGUGCGUGCUCAACAGCCCCAACAAGGAGAGAAUGAAAAGAACUUCUCUCAACGGACCAAGCUGUCUUCUGUGGGACUAGAGCAAGAGGAAUUUGAUGUAUUCACCAAGGCACCCUUUAGCAAGAAGGUGAAUGUACAAGACUGCCAUGCAGUGGGGCCUGAAGCACAUGCUCUCCCUGCUUGUCCCAAAAGUGUAGAUAUAUUUGGCUCCACUCCAUUUCAGCCCUUUCCCACCUCAACAAUUAAAAGUGAGAGCAGUGAGGACCUUUUUGGGCUUGUGCCCUUUGAGGAAAUAGCUGGGAGUCAGCAACAAAAAGUCAAACAGCGUAGUUUACAGAAACUGUCCUCUCGCCAAAGGCGCACAAAGCAGGAUGUGUCCAAAAGUAACGGGAAGCGGCAUCAUGGCACGCCAGCCAGCACGAAGAAGACUGUGAAGCCCACCUACCGCACUCCAGAGAGGGCGCGCAGGCACAAAAAGGUGGGCCGCCGAGACUCUCAAAGCAGCAAUGAAUUUUUAACCAUCUCAGACUCCAAGGAGAACAUUAGUGUUGCACUGACUGAUGGGAAAGACAGAGGGAAUGUCCUGCAGCCUGAGGAGAGUCUGUUGGACCCCUUUGGUGCCAAGCCCUUCCAGCCACCAGACGUGCCAUGGCACUCUUCACAUCAGGGUCUGAGCGACAUCUGUGCCGAUCAUAAUACUGUGCUGCCUGGGCGGCCAAAACCGAAUUCACGGCAUGGAGCAUUCCAUAGCGCAGAGGUGUUAAAGAUGGACGAUUUUGGUGCCGUGCCCUUUACAGAACUUGUGGUGCAAAGUGUCACUUCACAUCAGUCCCAACAGUCCCAGUCAGUUGAAUUAGACCCAUUUGGUGCUGCUCCAUUUCCUUCUAAACAGUAGAUACUUCUGACAGACUCUUGGCAUUAACUCCUGUUUCAAAAAAGUAUGAACAGUUUUAUGGAUUUGAAAGAAAAUUUAUUUGUAUAGCUCUUUAUAUCAUUAAUUCUUACAGGUCAGUCAUACUAGGGGAUUUUUAAAUAAACCACACAGAAUGAGGAAGUCUCUCCGCAGGGCAGUGACGUGCUGUCCCCUCCAUGAGGAGGAGAGGGAGCCACGCUGCAAGCUUGACCCAGGGUCUGGCUGUUGACAGGGCGGCCCAGGACAGCAGGAACGCAUAUGGCGUCUUUCCAGCUGCACAGCCACUGAAAAGGAGCUGGAAAGUCAAGUCAUUGCUUUUAUAACAGAAUGUCACUUGGGUGUGCAUAUCCCAGAUUCAUUCCAGAAUCAGCAUUUAAAACUAAGGUUAUUUAUACAUACACAGGUUGCACUUGUGGAUUUUUUAAAAAGUCUCUUCUAAUUUCCACACACACAAAAAAUCUAGUUCUUGUGAAGAAUUAGAAAGCUGUUAUCUGGAGAGUGCAGAGAUUUUAGUCCUUGUACCUUUCUCUAUAAGCAGAGCCAGAAGUAACUUACUAUUGUGCCUAAAGUUUCAUUUUUAAAAAGAAGUGCCAUUAUUAUGGAAUAUCUGCAUUGAAAGCUACAACAAAAACUAAAGAGAAGAAAUGUCGAGUGGGAAAAUGUAAAAAAAAAAUGACACAGAAGAAGAAAAACAUUUCAGAAACACUAUAUGUUUUUGUUUUUGAAUGAUUUCUUGCUCAAAACUUUUAUUAUGUCCCUAAUAAAGCAGAUUAUUGGAAAAACUGGGAGUGAGGAGAGGGUUAUGUAGAAAUUUUACGUCAAGAAAAAAAUAAGUAGCUGGAACCCUGAGUUUUUAAGACGUUUACAGGGUAAAAUCAUGUUGCAUUUAAUAAUACUUUAUUAAAUUACCACCUUUACCCAAUAUUCCCCAAGUCGCGAACAACAAUUUUUAUUAGGUUUGGCAGUUGAAGUAGUUUAUUAAUAAAGUGCACAGAACAGCAUAACCCACAAAGCCUUAUAGGCAGGAUUCUUGCCUCCUGCUGCAAGUACCUCUGCACUAGUAUGCAGGACCUUCAAAUGGUCUAAGGGAUUAGGUGAUGAGGGCCUAGCAUUUCAACUCUGCUAGUUGAUGUGUCUUUAGUAAAAAGAAUCUAGCUACCAAAUUGCCUUCUUUUUACACCACAAAUCCAAAUUAGAAACUUGAGAUUUUCUAGAAAUUGUUUAAUAAGAUAGACAUUUAUGAAUUAAUGUGAAUACAGUAUCUGUGCUUCCUAUGUCUUCAACUGUUUUAUAAUUAAUUGUUCUUCCCUAUCAAAUUAAUAAUACUUAGAAGUUUCUAGAGCUGUUAAAUCUACAAAAAGGGGCAGAAACUAUUAUCAACUGGCAUGCUCCUUGAUUGCUUUAUUUUAAAUUAACUCUCUUUGAACCCAAUUAAAGUAUAUUUUAUGAGUAAUCUUAUUAGAAUCUCUUAAUUAUAGUGCCCCAUUUGGGAUGAGCUAUUUGCUUGUUUUCACAGUUCCAAAAUUGGAAAGCAAAGUGUAUGUAACUAAAGUGUGUAUUCUUUUUUUUAUUGCUUCUCUUUUAUAUUUUAAAUUAGAUACCAAUGUUUGGACAAACAGGGAAGUAAUCUGUGAAUCACAGUCAGCAGAGGUAGACCAAACAUUAUAUUACUACUUAAGAGUUGUACUUCUAGAGCCCGACUGCACCAACUGUCUUGUGCCAAAGGCAAAUACUACAUUUGCACCUUUUUUUUUCUGAUUCUCAGGUUAAUACUGCUAAUACAAAUGCUCAAGUAGAUGUUCUUUAAAACCUUAUGGUGUAGAUUCAAGUGGUACUUUCUUUUAAAAGUGAAGAGUUGAUGAUUACAUAAAGUAAAUUUAUGAACUAUAGUAGGUUUGUAUCAAACAAGUUUUUUUUUUUAAUGAGAAUCUGUUGGUUGGUAUAUAUACAGUAUGCUUCUUUAAGUGUUUUUAGUCCUUGCCUUAGUCUUUGCUAGGCUUUAUGAGUUUUGUAAUUUAGAAGGGGUAAGUGGGUGAAUUGGCAUCUCCUUGGCUUGUAAACAUGAAAUACUUAGUCUAUCUGACACCAAGGCCUUGCUUACACUUGCUUUUCAAUACACUGAGUAAUUUUAAAUGAUUUAGACACUGAUGUAGAUGCUCUGGCUUAUUAUGUUGGAUAAAGUCUAAGGAAGUAACUUUGACAUUGUUUAAAAUACUUACAUCCUUAUUUUUAUUUUAUUAUAUAGCUCAGUGACUUUCCUCUUUGAGAUUAUAGCUCAGAGGAAACAUUUAAGAUUCACUGAACCCAGUGAAAUAGAAAGAGGGAGAUUACUUUGUGUUAAAGUAGAAGCAUUUUCCCAAGGAGUACAGGAUUAGGGUUGUUUUCCAUUUCCCAUUGUCACCUGCCACUACGGUUGGGAUUUAUGUCACUCCACACACAAUUGAUGCCCAGCUAAAUUCCCUUAUGAGAAUAAAGCUCCCAAGACGUGAAAGAACUUAGCACAUACUUGGCACUUGCACUCAGUGGUAAAAGUCUGGCUCCGCUAUGGGAUGGCCCAAUUAUUUAGGGAAGGAAAAUGGGGAAGAAAUUAUCUUCCUAUUAUUAAUCAGGUAUCCUUUGUGCUUCUUUUGUAUGUAAAGUACUCAUAACUCUAAACCUGUAAUACUUGAACAUCACCAAGGGAAGUACAUUAUGAAGCUAGCAAAAAUCUGAGGCCAAAGUCAAUUCUGUCCUAACAGCUUUAAUGCUUAUUGAUUAUGAAUAAUUGUUUUAAAAGUGGACCAUCUACUUAGUUACUUUAAUAUUAUCACUUCAGCCAAAAUGUUAGUGCUAAAAGAUCAGGUUUUAUGGCAUCAAAGAAUGUAUCUGCUAAGAUACAAAAGUUGCUUGGUAUAUAUUUUAGAUGAGGAAAGGUUGUUCCCCGGUGAAAAUUUAAUAUUUAUUCAGAAGGAUUGGUUGGGAAAUGGUGUUAAUUCUUCCACUGUCUGGCCCCAUCCUUGUGUGUGUGUGUGUGUUUGGGCACAGUUAUGACAUUGUUUGGAAUUAUAGAUAGAUGCACCUUUUGAUCCUACCCUGUUGAUAACAGAGUAAGCAAUAUAUUGCUGUCCUCAUCUUGCUGGUGGAAAAUACUAAGGUGGAGCCCACUCUUCUACUCUGAUGUUCAUCAGGCAGAGUAGUUUUACUGUUCAUUUACUCUGCUUGGUUUAUUUUAAGUUUUGGUACUUCAUGUAAGCAUUGCUGGAAGGUACAUAUGUCAUAAUAUCACUAGUUCUGAGGAGUUUGGGUACCUGUUUUAAUAAAUGUAGAAUGUACAGUCAACUUUUUAGCAAAAUUACUCAUUGUUUUAGGUCUAAUUGAUCUGACAAAUCUGUGAGAAAGAGAUGACAUAUUUACUGUGAGAAUAACAAAUGUUUAUUUGAGAAUUUUUAUACACAAUGGUGUUUAUAUAUCAAGAUACAUAAACACAUGCAUGCAACAUGUCACAUUUCUCUACUGUGGAGUUGAUGUGAGUUUUUAAAUUUUAAAUGAAAUUGCUACCACAAUCAUUACUAAAAGAACAUUUGCUUUUAGUAAGAAUAAGGUAAACAGAUGCAAAUGCAAAGGGUCAUCAUUUGGGGUUAUUUUUAUUUAAGAAGUUACUGUGCCACUUUUGAAAGAGAAUUUUUUUUAUUACUAUGCUCUUUUCGUGAUUGGAAAGUGAUCUAAUAGUAAGCAGUAUAUUAGUAGUAAGCUAUUUUUUAAUUGCUGGCAAACAGCUUUAAGUGCACUUUCUUUGAUUACACUUCAAUUUUUUGUUAAACUUGAAUUUUCUGAAGCCUUUUAAGUACCACUAAGCAAAUAACUUUAAUAAGCCUGAUUUAUAUCUUCAUUUUAUUUCCAGUUGUUACUUUCUAAAGUAACUUCAGUCCUCAGAUAUAGCUAGCUGGGAAACUGUUAAGAAAUAGAACUGUCAGUUGCUUUUGUUUUCUUCUUCUAUCUUAUUAAGCAGUAAUGGAUUUUACUACUUCAUUGCCUUUAGACUGCUUAUUCACAACUGAAUUCUGUCCCUCAUUCACUUUGCUGUUUGAAAUUUAAAUUUAUUUUCUUACUGUAUUUAUCAUACCUACUGUUUUAAUAAUCUGCUUUCUUUAAAUGCAAUAAAUCCCAAAUGGAUUGCAUAUUCUUUAUAAUCAGUGACUUUGGAGUUUUUCAUUUGCCAUAUUAAAAAAGUUUCAUUUAUUCAGUUCUUUCAUUCACACCACAGAUAAGCACCACCAAUUAUGUGCACCAGCUAGUGGAAGAAACAAAUGAAUAGGAUCAGACCUUUGUUCUUACGGACUCAGUUUUAAGUAAGAAAACCCAUUUUGACCUAGCAUUUUUGCGACAAAAACACUUACCAGCACAGUUUGUUCAGGUACAAUUACUGAUCAUACUGAUGAAGGUAAGA